GGAAUCAGUUUCCUCCUGUUGCAGCUCAAGAUCUUCAGUUUGUUCUGAAGGCUGGAUACCUGGAAAAACGCAGAAAAGACCACAGUUUUCUUGGCUUUGAAUGGCAGAAGCGUUGGUGUGCUAUCAGUAAGACGGUCUUCUAUUAUUAUGGAAGUGACAAAGACAAACAACAGAAAGGUGAAUUUGCCUUAGAGGGCUACACCAUCAGAAUGAAUAAUAGCCUUCGGAAGGAUGCAAAGAAAGAUUGCUGUUUUGAAAUCUCCGCUCCUGAUAAGCGCAUUUAUCAGUUUACAGCGGCCACUCCCAAAGAAGCAGAGGAAUGGGUACAGCAAGUCAAAUUUGUAAUUCAAGAUAUGGAAUCUAAUACUAUUCCUGAGGAGGAGGAAGAGGAAUAUGAUGAUGUUGGACAAGCGGGCAGUGAACCAUUAGAUGAUAGCAUUUAUGAAGAAGUUAAAGAAGAAUGUGUUCCUUCAAAACCUGAAGUGCCAAGAAAACCGAGCCAGGAGAAAGUUACCACUGUUUCAGAUGACAAAAGUACCGAUUACGCCAAUUUCUAUCAAGGUUUGUGGGACUGCACUGGAGAUGUACCUGAUGAGUUGACAUUUAAACGUGGUGACAUUAUCUACAUUCUCAGCAAGCUCUAAUCAAGAAAUCAAUUUCCAGAAAUAAAGUCCACUGUUGAGUGCAG